UUUUAUUUUAUUGAAUAGUGAUUUUAAGUAAUUGUUUUCGAGUGUAGUUUUUGGUUGACAAAAAUUGAUUGUGUGAAGUGUUUUUUAUGUGAAUUUUGAAACUUUUAUAUAGUGAAGUGGUGUUUGGAAGUUUGAUGAAUAUUUAGUGAGUGUAAGAGGUUCAUUAAGAAAUCGUUGAAUUGAUGCCAAAAACCUUAAGGCACAUGGAGAAAUUUCUAAAAGAGCGAGUAAAAUGAUAGUUCUCACAAUAAUGCACACAUGAAACAUAAAAGAUGGCUCCAAAAAUACUUCUGUCAGUAUUUACUACAAUAGUGAUGUGCAAACUAAGUUUUUGCGCCAUCGAUACAUAUGCCAACACAUCAAUAACAAAUUUAGAUAGCACAACAAAUUUUAAUAAACUAAAAAGAGCGGCGAACGAUACAGACAGUUUUGAAAUCGAUGAAUACGUUCACAAUACAACACUAAACAGAGAUAAAUUAGAAAAUAAUGAUACGGAAUUUGGGAAAUAUUUUUACGAGAAUUACACGACGACUGAAGGAUGUGUUGGUGACAAAGAAUACUGUAAUAUGUCGUUGGAGGAAUACAUGGAUAUGUUGAAUGAGUACAUAUUCCCUCAGCCGUAUGAAUGGGUGUUGAUAGCGACACACGGGAUAGUCUUCGUCAUUGGACUGAUUGGGAAUGCUCUGGUGUGUACCGCGGUGUACCGGAAUCACUCCAUGAGAACCGUGACGAACUAUUUCAUCGUCAACUUGGCUGUUGCCGACUUCAUGGUGAUCCUCAUUUGUUUGCCGCCGACGGUCCUAUGGGAUGUGACCGAGACGUGGUUCUUUGGGACAGCCAUGUGCAGGAUUGUGCUGUAUUUUCAGUCAGUAUCGGUGACGGUGUCAGUUCUCACGCUGACCUUCAUCUCGGUCGACCGCUGGUACGCCAUCUGCUUUCCGCUCAAGUUCAAGUCAACUACGGGCCGCGCUAAGACCGCCAUACUUAUUAUAUGGCUAUUAUCUUUGCUGUUCAAUGUACCAGAAUUCGUGGUGCUUCAAGUCCAAAGGAAGAUGGAGCUAAGAUUCGACGCGCAGUACUUCAUGCAAUGCACAUCAACUUGGUCAGACGAAAGUGACCUUAAAUGGCAUAUCAUUAAAGCUCUCUUUCUAUAUACGUUCCCCCUCCUCCUCAUGAUGAUCGCGUACUGUCAGAUUGUGAGGGUUCUGUGGAGGUCUGACAACAUCCCCGGCCACACGGAGUCGCACACGCUGUGCUCAACACCACAAGGACACAACAACUGUAAGAAUUGGUUAGCUGCAAACCGGCGCACAACCCCAUCAAUACACACGAACGCGUCAACGGAAGGCCAGCUUAGGUCGAGGAGAAAGGCUGCCAAGAUGCUGGUGGCUGUGGUCGUCAUGUUCGCCGUUUGCUACUUCCCUGUUCAUCUGCUUUCAGUCCUCAGGGUCGCCUACGACGUGCAGCAGAGCGACGUGAUGACCUGCAUAGCGCUGAUCAGUCACGUCAUGUGCUACGCCAACUCCGCUGUUAACCCUCUCAUCUACAACUUCAUGAGCGGUAAAUUCCGCCGAGAGUUCCACAGAUCGUAUUUCAAAUGUUUCUGCUGCUGCCACACGGCACCAGCGGCAGACCAAAAUGGAACAUCAUUCGCGCCAAUCGGGAGUUCCCGAGCCGGGACAACCAGGACCGUCGUCCGUCGAAACGAUUCCUACGUCAGCUACCGUCUCACCCACCUGUCACCCUCAAACCACAACAUCCAUCGAGACUACAUCAGAAAUACCAACACUUCCUUCAUCGACCAAAUGAACGGGAAUCGCAGACCAAAAAUUAGGGACGAUUCCAUCAGCGAAUCUGCUACCAGAUUCACUCUAGCAACCGAUGUCUGCAGAGAUUGACAACUAGGCAAAGAUAUCCUUUCUGAUAUACGUAAUAGAGACGGCAUAGAAACUUAUAUCGCGAGAAGUACUAACAGUAUUGAUUGUAAACCUUACUACGAUUGCUUUAAGGAUGGUAGGAUCGAAGAACGACACAGCGAUAACGCUGAUUACAGGCACGUUGACGAAUCUAAAGAUUAUGACGAUGAUAUCAAGCACGGUUUUAAAUUCAAAUUCAAUCGCAGUUUGAAUAGCUGUCAGAUUAAGAACAAGAGGAAGGUUAAUAUAUACUAGAUGUUGUCAAUUGUUUUUUGGGGAACUGUUCCAUUAUUUCUCUAUUUCAAUACAUCCCUUUUGCUACUCUAGUUUGAAUUGAAAUACUAGAUGCUAUAAAUACUAGCGAGGUCGGGAAAAUGUCGACUGCUUCGACAAAAGCAAAGCUCUUUAAUUAAAGAUACUGAUUGGUUUUAACGAUUUCGAAUAAGUUUCUUCAGAUCUGAGUAUCAUACGAUGUUACAUUUUAUACCAUUUUCAAUCUACUUUUAAAUGUAAAGAAGUAAUGAAAUUUCCUCAUCAGCACCUGUGGUCUAUUUAAUAUCUUAAUGCGUAAUUGAAUUUCACAGAAGCCUUAAACAUUUUACAUAUUUCUCGAAAACAAACGAAUACGGCUUCGAUAUUACUUUUCGCGUUAAAGAUAUUUUUUCCGAAUUUCAGAAAAGGUAAAUCUUGAAAACAUUUGGAACGUCUGGCUUCUUUAAGAGAAAGAAGAAAAA